GAGAUGCAGAAUGAACUAGACGUGUAUUGGAGUCAAGGGAAGGGAGGAGAGAAGCUGACAUCAGAGAAAAGUGGAAAUUUCAUCGUUCUUACCACCUUUGAUGCAUAUCAAAAACGCCAGAGAUCGACCCUGACUAUUCCAAAAGAGUUCAACGAGUUUAGCGCGGACUACUUUUGUUCUGUUUAUGAUAUAGACUCUUACAGGGACACGAAAGUCUCACUGGGUGUAUUCCACGUGACCACGACCCCCCAAACAGUCCAAGCUGGAGUUACAGUGACCCUCUCUUGUUCCCUGUCUUCUCUCAGUUACCCUGUCAGAGUACAGUGGAGGAACCCAAAUGGUAUGGUCUUCGAUGAGCUGGCUCAGGGAAACUAUGUGGUGGAUGAUGAUGAACGGGACGAGACCUCCAACACCCAGACCCCAACUCUGGUGAUACCCGGCAGUUAUAACUCCGGGAGUAUCACCUUCACUUGUGUCAUCACCCCGGACCCUUGUGUCAUUGGGUAUACCCAACACGAGAACUAUGAACAACCUGGAUCAGGAGCAGCAGAUGAUAGUGCAGCAAAUAAUGGUGGGGCAGAUAGUGGUGCAGAAGAUAACGGUGGGGCAGAUAGUGGUGCAGAAGAUAACGGUGGGGCAGAUAGUGGUGCAGAAGAUGAUGAUGGAGCAGAUAGUGGUGCAGAAAAUAACGGUGGGGCAGAUAGUGGUGCAGAAGAUAACGGUGGGGCAGAUAGUGGUGCAGAAGAUAACGGUGGGGCAGAUAGUGGUGCAGCAAAUAACGGUGGGGCAGAUAGUGGUGCAGAAGAUAACGGUGGGGCAGAUAGUGGUGCAGAAGAUGAUGAUGGAGCAGAUGGUGGUGCAGAAGAUAACGGUGGGGCAGAUAGUGGUGCAGAAGAUGAUGAUGGAGCAGAUAGUGGUGCAGAAAAUAACGGUGGGGCAGAUAGUGGUGCAGAAGAUAACGGUGGGGCAGAUAGUGGUGCAGAAGAUGAUGAUGGAGCAGAUAGUGGUGCAGAAGAUAACGGUGGGGCAGAUAGUGGUGCAGAAGAUGAUGGUGGAGUAGAUAGUGAUGCAGAAGAUGAUGAUGGAGCAGAUAAUGGUGCAGCAGACCCUGUCAAAGUAUGCAACGUAACUGUCGCAGCCGACGGGACCCCCCGAGAAAUUGUCCCCGGUGUAGUGGAUGUCGUCCUACACGAACUGCUGAACACCGGGACCCAGUGCAGCAUUGAAACAUUCCGGUCCCUCCGUAAGGAGUCCUUCGACACCCACGAAGGAAACAUUCCUAAUCCGUGUUUCUCAAUCAUGGAAGUGGGAUCAGGCUCCAAAUAUUCUGUGUACAGUGGACAGAAGUACGUGUCUCCGGGUAAUAAUCUGGAGAUACACCCUCUGCCGAUAUUCAAGGCUGCAUUUGGUGAAAACACUGUCUACAGGUGCACAGAAACAGGCUGGAACAAGAACCCUCCUGGUUGUGGUUCUGGACAAAUGAAAAGGAGUGUCCCCGUCGGAGCAUGCACCACUCAAAAGCUGUUCCACCCUGAAUAUUACAAGGUUGUUUCAGGGUUUGAGGUUCCAGAUCCCGAUUACUCCCACUCCUCCCACCCUGACGUGUACUUUACACACGUGGAGAAGGACACUGUGGUCGAGUACUCCAUCCGGAACUCUGACUGCUACAAGUUCGAGUUCUCUGAAGACCAUAUAAAAAAGCACGGUGACGCUAAUGGAACUGUUACUAGAACCACCUUCAUUACAACAUGUGUUGACGGGGUGUUCACUCCAGCCAUUAUACCUGCUAAAAAAGUUUGUUGCAAGUUUCCCACGAUUAAGCUGGAUGGUGAACCGGAAGCAACUUUCUGUGUACAGGCAGUGGGGGAGACCUCAAAGCUUCAUGGCCCGUCUGAGGGGUUGGAUAUGUUAACCAGACAGAAAUACUUCAAAAAUGGGAGACACGUGCACUUUGAUAAGCGGUGUCCGUGUUUCUCAGUCACGUGGGAUAAUGUCACGUGUCACGAGGGGAAGAUUCUAUCCACCACUUGGGACAUCCCGGUGGAGUUCCGGCCACAAGAUCCGGACAGACUCGUUAAUAUUACUGGACGUGAGCAGUUGGUGCUGGAGAGUGAGUUUAAGUUGGAGAAGUUUUGCUGCAAGAUUCCCCAGAACCAAGCGGAUGAAGGAUUCCCUAUAAACGACGUCUCCUCUGUACGGUAUCUGUACCGCGGCAAAACCGUCACCUACACGUGUACUGGACACUGCUACAGGAUAAAACAGAAGUUAAGAAAAGCCACCUGCUCGGUGGAGACUCCAGUGUUGGAGUCCCCGAAAUGUGAACCUGACCCGACCUGUUGUACAGAGCUAGAGGAGAGGAACCCUUUCGUUAAAGAGUUGGGAAAUAUCACUUGGCCAAAAACUGCCAAUGGUAAGAAGCACGAAUUGAAAGUCGGUGACAUGACGAUUACACGGCGGUGUUACUACUCCGAGUGGGACCUCAUUAGGUACAAGGAUGUCGUAACUAAUGACCUGGCUUUACAGUGGAAAAUAAACGGAACUGAUGAAAUUUGUGGCAACAAGCUACCUGGAAGUGACUUCACUUACUCUUCUAAACCUGAAACAGAUGAAACACAAGGAAAUGAAGACGAUAACGGAAACGAAGCAGAUGGAGAUGCAGCAGAUGGAGAUGUAGCAGAUGACGAUGCAUCAAAUGACGAUGCAUUAAAUGACGAUGCAGGAAAUGACGAUGCAGCGGAUGACGAUGCAGGAAAUGACGAUGCAUUAAAUGACGAUGCAUCAAAUGACGAUGCAGCAGAUGACAAUGCAGCAGACGAUGCAGGAAAUGACGAUGCAGCAAAUGACGAUGCAGGAAAUGACGAUGCAGGAAAUGACGAUGCAUCAAAUGACGAUGCAGCAGAUGACGAUGCAGGAAAUGACAAUGUAGCAGAUGACGAUGUAGGAACUGACGAUGCAGGGAAUGACGAUGUAGCAGAUGACGAUGCAGCAAAUGACGAUGCAGGAAAUGACGAUGCAGCAGAUGACGAUGCAGGAAAUGACGAUGCAUUAAAUGACGAUGCAUCAAAUGACGAUGCAGCAGAUGACAAUGCAGCAGACGAUGCAGGAAAUGACGAUGCAGCAGAUGACGAUGCAGGAAAUGACGAUGCAGGAAAUGACGAUGCAUCAAAUGACGAUGCAGCAGAUGACGAUGCAGGAAAUGACGAUGCAUCAAAUGAAGUUGCAUCAGAUGACGAUGCAGCAGAUGACGAUACAGCAGAUGACGAUACAGCAGAUGACGAUACAGUAGAUGACGAUACAUCAAACGGAGAUGCAGGAAAUGGAGAUGCAGUAAAUGGAGAUGUAGUAAAUGAUGUAGUAAAUGGAGAUGCAGUAAAUGAUGCAGCAAAUGGAGGGAUUCAAGAUGAUGUGAAUGGAAAUGAAGCGAGUGGAAAUGGUGGGAUUGGGAAAAGGAAAAGGAGCGUUUCAAAAAGAGACUCUGCAGAUAACUCAGAAAACACUGACAACUCGGGAUCAGUUGAUUCAAAGGAAGACGCUGAGGACACCGAGGACACUGAAGACACUGAGGACACCGAGAACACGAUGUGUAUUCCUGCUGAAAAUACCACGAACGCUUUACUGGGCCUAAAAGAUGAGAGUUGUGUUACUUUAGAGAAUAUGUUGAGCGUUAACUUGUCAAAGGAAUACACACUAGCUGCUCUGGACAGGCUUCACGAAUACAGCUUCAACAUCACCGAGAAAACGGAGAAACGUACUUGUUACAACGCAUUACGUUACGUGCUUUUAGAUCCUUGGAACUUUGGUUACGCAGGCAACCUUGAUAGUAACUAUAGAAACAGAUUGAUUGUGUCCACUGCCAACAUUAUCAACACGUGGGUCUCGCUGGUCAGUGAGAAUUUCAAGCGAGCCUUCUCUUAUGCGGCUAUAAAAGUGAAAAAGGAAGCUGCUGCCAUGUCAUCUUCUGUUCAUCUAUACGAUGGCUGGAUGAUCGAUAUUAGAGCUAACAACUACGUACAGACCAGCUUCAUGUGGACAAUGCAGAACCUUCUCUUCCCCUCCACUACGCAGAGUGACAUCAUCAGUCCGCUAGCUUGGGUCGAUCUGCCGCACAACUCCACCAUACCAGGAGAGACACAGUACAUCACAGUCAACUUCACUUCAUCUGAACCGUUGAACAAAAUGCGCCAUUAUGCAUGCGGAGUCUUCCACUUAGGAAAGUGGAAAAACGAAAAGUUGAAUGAGGCAGAGUCACCAGAUUGGUCUAGGGGAUCGUGUGACCACGUGACUGUAGAACAUGACUACCAGAGCGUUAUCUGUCAGUGUUCCUCCUGGAAGAUGUUCUUAGCUGUUACUCAGACGAGAAACUACACGAGCGGAUUGUGGGGAAACUUUACAGUUGGUACAGCAGCAACCUCCAUGCUGUUACACGCUUACGAUAUUCUGGACAUUGGAGCUAUGAUACCUCUAGCAGUGGUCUUUAUACUUCUCGUCAAAGCUAGUACCCGGAGACAGCCUCUGAUGCAGUGCAGGAUGCAGAUAUGUGUGGGUAUGGUUGGCAGUCAUCUCCUCUCCCUUCUCACCACUUACAUGUUACCAGCUAACAUCAGCUGUGUUUACAUGGUCUAUCUCAUGGAGAUAUUUGUACUUGCAACCCUGCUGUGGUUCUCUGUCGAGUUCUUCUGUUUGAGGAACGUGAUUCUGGGAAUGAAACAUCCUGACUUGAAACCCUCCAAAAAUUAUAGUUACAAGAUGAUACCCGUAGUCUACAUAGCUGCUUUCCUAGUCCCGAGUGCAUUCAUCCUGUACUAUAAGCUGACCUCCUCCGCGGUAAAGUUUGUCCAGCCCUUUGACGCCCAAACGUGCUGGUUCAACCAGGAUCUAGAGAUCUUCCUCUUCACGACCCCUGUCUUUGCGUUUAUUCUCUUGGGUAUCUGCAUGUACUUUGUACCUGUGGUAACCUGUUUCAUCUCAGACAAAAAAUGUGGAAUUGACGUGAUUAGUUCCGGAAUAAUGUUCCUGAAUGUAGUGAUUUCCUGGACCCUCAACUCUUUCAGAGCUCAUCCAUACAUCCAGUACACAUCUCGAGCUCUUCUAGCAGUCCAGGGGAUUCUGGGACUACUGUGCUACAUCUGGCUUACCCCAGACGUCAAAACAUCACUUUUCCCUGGGUGCUUCCCAACCGACGAUGGAGAUGAAGACAACCAAAAGCUCGUUGGUCAUGGUUAAACCAUCCGAUUUCUCAACGAUUUAACAAUUGAGAUUUAGAGAUUUGGAGACUUUCCCGAAACUUAUUUUGAAGUUGUGAACUUGAAUGUGUAAUACAGAAAUUGAUCAAAGUAUAUAUGGUGCAGGUGAUCUAAUGAAUGACUAUGAACCUCAACCAUAUAUGCAAUGUACAUUGUACACGUUUGCAUUUAGUGGAAGCUAGCUGUAAUUUUGAACUAUCUUUCGUUUUUUAGGACUUUUUAAAAAUGCGCUGUUAUGUAAAACUUUUGAAAGUACUCGAAAAUUAUCAGAAAAAAAGCUGAUGUAUAUUUGCUUCGAAUUAGAACAGUUUAUUUUAUUUAUUUGUGACACUAAACCCGCACAUGAUUACAGAUUAUAUAGGGCCGCUCAUAAUUUCGCAUGACUACUUUGUCCAAUCGCAUGCAUGCCAAUCCAAAGUAUGCAUACAAUUUUCGUUGUAAAUGUUUUUCAUGUCUGAAUGCAUUUUUACUUACAGUCGACUGGUUUUCAGAAAAAUAUAUAAAAACUUGAUUUCAGCUCGAAAAGGUUUAUUAAUGUUACGGAUGUUUGUCGUAAAUUGCAGCAGUGUUAAUAUUGUUUACAAAUUUCGGAUUUCGUUUAUAUUAUUAUUACUGUUUGAUUGAGUUAAAAACGCCUUAAAGUAAAAUAUUCAAGUUAUGACUAAUUGACCUUUAUUCAAAUAGUGUAAAAUUCAUGAUCAUGGAAAAUUGGGCGUCGAUG